AUGCUUGAAGAAAUACAGCAGCUUCAGCUAGCUAAACCAGAUGUUGUCUGCGUUUAUAAUGAGCAAUUUCAGGUUUUGCGAUGGGUCAUGCUUUUGGAAAAGCAGACACAGCAGCAGCGUUUAACUGCAGGAGGGCUUCUGAUACUUGUGUGGACCGACACCGGAGAUUCUCUUCACAGUAUAAACUGCGCUGUGGCAGCUGCUGGUCCCUGGUACUCAGGAUUUCAAAGGAAAGUACUCCAACCUGUCCUGACUGACCUGAAGGAGAGCAUGUCUGCCUGUACGUGGUCGGGUCCUCAGGCCGACCCCGAGGAGCUGUGUGCCUUCACCGACAUGCACGGUUCUCUCAGAUUGCUGCUGUCUUUUCAGAUGAAAGAUGCGCGACUUUUCGGUCCAGGGUGGUGCGCUCAAAUGGAGGCGUUCCUGCACUCAUUCAGCUUGGCGAACGCGAGAAUAAAUAUACACUUUAAAUUCAAAGUCAGUCAGCAGAUCUUCCAGCGAGACUUUAGAGCAAAGAUCAAGCGUAGAGUUGCCUGUCCAAACCGACCAGCGCUGCUCUUGGAUGUCACAUGUGAAGCACAGCCUCCAACGUGUGUGAAGAAAGGUUGCUGGUGUCAUGGAGGACACCCUGACCUCGGGGGCACGUUGCCACUAAGUAUCCCACCUAAGGCCAUGGACCAUGGCCUGUUUGGGGAGCUCAGCGUCCAGCUUGUUACUGUCUUGAGCCCUUGUGUGCUUCAGUACCCCAAUCUGGCAACACAACUCACUGACAUACAAAUAUCCUUUUCUGGUGUCCAGGUGUUGGUAUGCGGCCCCAGUAAUGUUCCUUUCACGGGCCCCUUCACGCUCCUCCAGAACCUUCCUGCUCAUCUGGACUGUGAGGAUCUGGGCCUGCUUGGCCUUCACUGCUCCUCCGUUAAAGUGAACAGGGGUGACACUUUAAACACAGUAGAGCGAGAAAACAGUGAGGCUCCAGGGCAAGAAGGGAGUCUUCCCACAAUGCAGCAGAGUCUCCUGCUCUACCUCUUCCUGCAGCACAGUGACCCCUUCAGCCACCGGCUCUCUGAUCGCAUGGCCACAGAGGUGCUGAUAGAGCACCACCUGGAGGAUAUCCUGAGCAACAACAGGCAGGCGGUUACGACAGCCCUUCAAACGGAGCUGAGGAACUCGCUGAAAUCCCAACAUCACAGAAAGAAGGAUCAAGAGAAGUUGCGUUCGGCUGCUGAGGUGAUUCUCAGUUCAACCAUCAGUAUUGUGAGCUGCAGCAGCAACAUGGCCUUCAGAAAAGCCUGUCUGAACAGCAUGAAGGUGCAUGACACUCACAGAUUAUCAGCCUCCCUCAGUGAAUCGCUGAAGAGGGUGACAUCAUGGAAAUUCAUCCCCAAGUGCAGGUGUUACUCAGCUCAGGCGAGUGUGCUGUUUGUUGUUCCCUGA